AUGAUUGAGUGUGAAGGUUUUAAGUCUCCAAGGGCUUUUAUGUCCUGUGGUCAUGUUGUGACACCAAUGUCUCUCACCAAAUGGUGUCAACAUUUGUUGGCAGAGGGUCAGAGCAGAUUUUUUUGUGGCCAGACUAAUUGUGAUGCUGAAUGGUCAUAUACUGAGGUCCGCAAAAUGGCUCUUCUGACUACUAAAGAAAAAAAAUACUUUGAAAAAACCCUGGCUCUCAAUGCUGCAAGGAAUUUGUUUGGCACCAAACCAUGUCCUGGAUGCAAAUGCUCUGUGAUUAGGAAGGAUGUGUCCAAUCUGAGUGUCAAUUGCCGAAUUUGCACAGCUAAGAAAGGUUACAUCUAUGAAUUCUGCUGGCAGUGUAUGAAAGUAUGGAAAGGUCCACAGCCACGCUCCGACCGUUGUGGAAAUGAUGGUUGCAGCAACAGCUCGAUAGAUACACUGUUAACCUGUGGUUAUGCCAAGUUUGACGUUGUGAAGGGAGUAACUGAUUGUCCAUCCAUCAGGGCUUGCCCUACUUGUGGCACUCUGGUGGAGCACACUGGGAAACAAUUCAGUAAAUACUAUGGCUUGAUAAACCAAGGAGCGACAUGUUACCUGAACAGCGUGUUGCAGGUGCUGUUUAUGACAGAAGGAUUCAGAGAGGCUGUGAGGUCUUCAAAGAGCAGCUGGAAAAAUACAUUUACAAAUGGUAUUGAUCGUAAACUCUGCAACUUAUUUAAUGCAUUAACCAAGGAAACAGCAGAAACCAGAGAAGUUAUCAAGAAGUUGCGUAUCAAAAAUGUUCAUGAACAACAUGAUGCUGCUGAGUACUUUGAGAGGAUUUUAACAAAGACCAAUGAUGAGGCUAAGCAGAUAUUUAAAGGAGAGCUAACAUACAGGACAGUUUGUCAAUGCAAAAGURAAACAGACAAAAUCGUCUCAUUUUGGAAUCUUCCUCUUCCACUGACGGACAGUCAUGACAAAACUUAUACUGUAGUGGACGGAAUUCAGGAAUUUUUUAAAAAUUCAGAAUUCACUGGUGAAAACCAACUUUACUGUGAAAGUUGUGGGAACAAAUGUGAUGCUACUAUUCAAUGCAAAGUAAAACAUCAUCCAGAGGUUGUGAUGUUGCUGCUGAAGAGGUUUGAAUUCAACUACCAUCACAUGAAAUACAUGAAAAAGUGCCUUCCUGUGGAUGUUUCAUUGACUAUCACUCUACCUGAGAAACAGAGAUAUGAACUGUAUGCRUUGGUGGAACACAUGGGGACUCUGAAGAGCGGAAAUUACAUGGCAACAAUCAAGCCCCAGAAUGAAGACACAUGGUAUGAGUUCAAUGACUCUACUGUUACAAGGCUUGAAAAUGAGGAAGUAAAAAAAGRCAAGCUUCAGAAAUCCGACUGUGUCUAUCUUCUGUUUUACAGGAAAUCAAACACUGGUACACAAAGUGAAGGAGAAAUGUCUGUCCUGCUAACUCCACMAUCCCACGAACAUAACAUCACAGGAUCACGUCAUAACCGUGUGAGGCGGAAAGAAAUAAAUGAACCCAAUAAAAGACCAUCAUGUUUCCAAGCCUUCUCAUCUCCAGAUGCUUCAGAUUUGCCAAAUGAAGACAGAAGAAUUGCUUGCAGAAACACAAAUGAUUCAAGUACCAGACCACAAAAGCAAUGUGAGAGUAAGGACAAAUCAGGGAGUUUCAAGAGGGUGGAGUUCCAGCUGAUGGUAGUGUGGUGGGAUGAUGUUCCACCCUCCCCCACUCUGUGCACCGGGUGUAGCGAGAGGCGCACCGUUGAUUGGUGGGCGGGGCAGAUGCCUUUAAAGUUGGGCUGGCCGAUGCAAGGGCCCGGGUAG